UCAGUUGGUCACCACUCACAUUUACUUCAUUUUCAUCAUCUUACAUAAAACCACACAAAUGAGGAUUAUUAUUGAAGGGAAAGGAAGGAAGAGAGUUUAGCUAAAGAUGGGUUGUUUCGGGUUUAAUGGCGGUAGUAGUAAAAAGCUUAAGAAUGGUUGCUUUGAACGUUCAUCCCCUGCAUUACAACAAAUCCUGCUUCAGCUAUUCCGAGAUCAAAAGCCAGUGGAUAUUGAUCAUCAUUUAUAUGAGUUUGGGUCUGUGGAAUACCAUGUUCAGACCACUGCUUCAGAUCCGCAAAACAUCUAUUUGUCGAUUUCGACUCCAAUACUCUCCCCCAGAACACUGGUAUCACAAGGACUGUGUCCUUACACUAUACAAAGGGUGAAGGAUAUAAGUCCUAAUGUGGUAGAAAUACUAAACACGGCAAGAGAUGGAUACCAAUUGACAUUACAGCUGAAUACUGCCAAUAUUCCACAAGGCAAAGCUGGAUUGAAGAUAAUUAAGGAGAUUGCUGCAGUAGCAUCUGUAAUAUUGAGCUCUCAACUGAAAGAAAUGCUCCGAAAUUUUAGUUCAGAGGGUGCUCCGGAAGGGAAUUAUAAACCAAUCAAGUGUAUAUAUCACCCAAGAGAGCCCCUCUUUGUCAUUAGACAGCCGCAGAAGAUUACUGUUGUAUUCCCAAUGAGAUUCAAAGAAACUUCAGAUGUGGUUAUAGCAACGUCCUUCUUCCAGGACCUCAUGGACAUUGGAAACUCUGAGGCAUUUGCUAAAGCACCUCCAUGCACAUGGUCACCUAUUCCUCCUCCAGAGUUGAGAGGAGAGCUCAUGGAAGACUUGAGCACCAAUGGAGGAUUUGUCUCAUUUGACAUAUUUUCACGCCAUGUUGAUGACAAAAGACUAGAUAGUACUGUGUGGAAUUUGCUGAACUUCUACACCUAUGUCAAAUCUUAUAUAAAGAGCACCAAGGGAUCCAUACAAAGAAAGAUGAGGCAGAGGUUGGGAGAUUUGGUCAAGAUCUUGUAUAAACCAGAUGUAGAAGAAGAUGAUCAUGAACAACAGGUUCGAGGAUGUGGCUGGAAGAUAAAGCCCGUCAACUCUACAAGAUUCAGAAAACUCAGAAAACAAUAUGGUGAUUUCAAGAGAAAGGUAAAGAGAAUAAGAUACCGGAUUAGAAUUCAUGGAUUCGGUGAAUUGAACAGAAAGAUCAAGAGAAUCCACCAUCAGAUUAAGAUUCGGGGGCCCCAAUGGUUAUGUGCCCCUAAAUUUCACUCUGCAAACAGAUAUACAAGAUUAGAGUAAUUCUAUUCAAGUAUUCAUCAGUGAAUUAUGGGUGCACAAGAACCAGUUAGCAGCUUGUUAAUGGGCAGAGGCUGACAGAUUACCACAGC